CAAUGUCAAAUUUGUUUCAACACUGAAAUUAAGAGAAUAUAAGCCGAGGCAUAUGUACUGACAUUAGCAUCAUACUAGUAUCGAUAUAGGUUGGACCAGUUUUAACAAUAAAUAAUUAAAUAUUAAAAGGUUUAUCUUUUUGAAACCUUUACUGGAGAAAAAGAAAACAAAAUCUUCUCUAGCUGCUCUUUUUUGAAAGAUUAUAAUUUCAGUUUUUAUUCAUGUGCAUUGUCUUUAGAUUAGCAUUCAUAUUGAUAGAGCUGAUAAAUGCUAUUGAAUGUUAUACACAAUGUACUGCAUUAAACCCCUUGUUAUUCAGCAGGCCAAGGUAGUGGCUGAGGGAAAGCAUGUACAACAAGUGAACUCCAGGACCAGUUUAGUUAUCACAUUGAAUUAGGAACAUGUUGGGUGACACAGCCACAGCACGGUCGGAGAAGAGGCGCCAUGAUGACCAGGCAGAGAAUCAGGAUGCCUCCCCUCCUAAAGCCAUAACGACACCCCAGAGAUCAAGGGGAAAGCAUCCUGCUGUGGAGAAAGAAAUGAAUGAGAAUGCAAACACACCAAGAACCAGAAACCGCACACCACUACCAGAGAAAAAUGACAAGGCCCAAGGAAGCGGCACACCAACCCAAAGGAGCAGGAGCCCAACAUCUCAAAAGAGAAGUGCUGCCUUGGCAAAUCUCACACCGAUAUCGAGAAACAAAAGUAAAAGCCGUUUAUCGGAGGAAGAGGACACCCCACACCUCCAACCCACACCCACACUGAGAAGCCGGGCCAAAGCACUUGCAUUUGAGAAGCAGGAAGGCAGUGCUUCACCAAUGCCCAUGCCCAGGAGUAGAAGUAAGACACCCUCCUCAACAGAGGGCGAAUUGGCAACCAAGUCCACACCCAACACAAGGAGAAGGAGUAGAAGUCAGACUCCUGUGUCAUCACAGAAAGAAAGCAUCACCACACCACGGAGAGCCAAAAGCACCGCGAGGGAUGACAGCAAGACCCAAUCGAAGAUUCCUGUCCCAUCCUCCAGGAGCAUGAUUGUCCAGGCUUUAGAGAAUGAAAGACAUGCAAAAGCCAAGGAGAAGAGCAGCAGUAAAGAGGCAGAGAUGCUGGAGAAAGGCCUGGCAACCUCUUGUAAGGGUUCAGAGGAGGGAACCAAACUGACAGCAGACAGCCUAAAGAUGGUGCCGAAAGAUACGAGCCUGAGCACUUCAGGGUCCUCGGAUGAGACUGGGCAAGGGGCAUCGGAUCUCAGUGGGUCAUUGGAGAGCUCGGCUCCUGAGGUCAGGAAGGAGUUUCAGACAGAGAUGGACAAGGUCAAGAGAAGGAGAUCGACAUUGGGCAGAGGCAGGAAGUCGAUCCAGAGCAUGGGAGGGCGGAGGUCACUCUGUGCAGCAGUUCAAGUUCUUUCAUUGCAUGACCAAAUCGACAACAUUGCAAAUGCUUUGCCACACACCACAAAGGUGAGCCACCUGAUUGACAUUUGUGUGAGGGAAGCACUUCGUCGUUUGGAACAGAAGCUAGAGGGAGACGAGUGUGUUUCUGAUCUACGAUUGGACCUCAUAACCCAGUCAGAGGACAUUGCAGGGCAGGUGUCCUACACAGUGGCUGGCCAGCCAUUAGUUGCUGAAGGUCCUUCCUCGUUCACUCCAACAACAGAAGACAACAAAGAGAAUCUUCACAAAAGAAUUGUGGCUUACAAGCAGAAAACAAAAGAGCUGGAAGAGGAAUACAAGGCCUGGAAAAACUUAAUGAAGCAAAGAAAGCAGAGAUACCAAGCUGCUGAAAGGGAAUUCCGCGAGGCAAAGUCUGGCGAGACCAAGAUUGAGGAAGAUCAGAUCAAGCAGAUGACAAGCAUCCAUCGCAAUCUUCUAGCCAGCAGGCCCAAUUACCACAAUUAUAUACAGGAGCUGCAGACAGUGAGGGAGCGAGCAAUGCUGAUGCUGCAAGAGGUGAACCACACAGCCGAAGUCGUAUCCAACUUCAUCAGCACCUCCAAAGCUGAGGCAGAAAGUUGUUAUGCUGCUGUCGAGGAGCUGAGCUUUGGCUUUUUGAAGAACCGUCCAGUGAAGAACAUGCUCAAGACGAUGAUAGAACCAAGUGAAAUUGCCAUUUAGAAUGCAUACCAGGAUGGUCUUCGUCUCCUUCUUCUCCUUUCCCUUUCUGUAUAUAUCAACUCUUAUCAAUUAGGAAUUUGCCACUUCUUCGCAGAUGUAAAUGGAUAGGCAGAGAAGCAUAAUAGGCUUUUGAAAGAUGUAUAACAUUGUUUGUGCAUGUCUUUUAUGUGUUUUGAUGCCAUAGUAUACACAUACCUUUGUAGGAUUUAUAUGACAGCUUAUAUUUUCAUACUGUUAUUGAUAAAGAGACGAAGUUUCAAAAACUUAAUCAAUUCUCUCUCUCUCUCUCUCUC